UCUUCCCCGUUCGCAAAGUAUGCGGUGACAAAUUACUAUCCUCGCUCUGACCGUGAAUCGCGGGAGGUGAAAGCCCUCCUGUCUCGUAUGGAACUCUUCAAAGACACCCUCGGCAGCGUUUGCGGUAUUCUCAAUAGUGCCAUCGACAACCUGUCGAGGUCAAUCACCUCACAUUCGCGGAUUGUUUCCGCUGUCGCGCGGCUUCCGGACGACGUCCUCUCCGAGAUAUUCGAGCGCUGUGUCCCUUCACACCCUGACUUCCAGUAUCCAUACCGACUCACCUAUUUGGACGUCUCCCAUGUCUGUCAGAAAUGGAGGGGAGCUGCGCUUAACACUCCAGCCUUGUGG